AUGGGCUGUUCCCCAUCCAAAGGAAGCCAUUUUGCUGGAGCGCACAGUCCUUUCCGGAGAGGAAGGACUCUUUUGCCCGCCAGCCAAGAGAAUGCAGGUGAGUCUGACGAUGGGGCAAGUGGAGGCUCCUCCACUGCCGGAGAAACAGAUGGAGAGAGACAUUCUUGGACCAGUGGGGAGAGGCAGGCAAAGGGUCAGCAGGAUGUCAACAUAGCAUGCCCGGCAAAGAAGCCUGUAAACGAGGGGGGGAGUUGCUCCAACAAACCUGAACCUCAGGAAAUCACAGUAAAUGUUUUAUCUCAAGCAAAGGAUAAGCCAGGGGAAAAUCAAGAGUCAGGGGAGAAAAAGGCUGUUAAGAAAGCAAAAAAGCCCAUCAAAGGAGUUAAGCUUGCCAAGAAGAAAGAGAAAGACAAGAAAGCUCCAGCUGCGGAGGCGAAAGUGGACUUUCCUGAGUUACUGGUGAAAGCCCACCAGGCCGCCUAUGGCUACCUUAACCCCAGCAUAACCAAAUACGACGUCCUGCUCGGACUGUUGGACCACGCUGCUCAGACUCAGAUUUCGUUGCAGCCCAUGGUGGCGUUCAUGCUCAUGCGCUACGAGGAGAUCAACCGAGGGCUGGAGGAGAUCGUGGAGGAAGGCGAGAGACUUCUCAAAGAAAAUGGAGAACAUCUGGCUUGGCCUUGUCAAAUGAAAAAUCUCUCAGGCACUCCUGCCAGAACAAGCACGUCCCCCUCCAGCCCCGCGGACCCCCCACCUGAUCUACUGCAGCAGCUUCUUCAGUACACCAUACAAAGAAUGCAUCUUGUUAGCCAAUCAGUGGGUGCCGUGGGGGACUCAGCGCUGGAAGAGGCCGUGGAUUACUUUACCUCCGUGUCUGACGUGCUGGAAGAGAAGCUCAAGGUCAAGCGUGCAUCCGAGGCUCGGCUCAAGCGACUGCUGGCACGCGUGGAAGCCGCCACGCUCCGCAAACCCGGCCCGGAGGACUCGGCGCUGUUCAGCGAGGACAGCGGGAUCGGCGCGGAGAACGAGUCGUUGGCCGGAUCAGACCGACACAGGCGCCGCCGAGAGAGCUGUGGGUCCAGUGGGACCAAUUACACGUCAGGAAGCAGCCCCAUGGGGGGCCACUUUACUCCAGCCUACAAGGGAACUCCAACGUGCAAACUCACACGUAAAACUAGCUCAAAUCUCUCUCUCAACUCCUUAGACUCUUUUUGUAAUUUUGCCAAGGAGCAAAGAGACUCUGAGUUUCUCUGCAGCUCUGCCUCGAUAGACGAUGAUGAGAGAGAGGAUGGGAAGGAAGUAGAUCAUCAUGAAGGAGGAGAAUGUAGUAAGAAGUGCCCGAGCGCCUCCCAAUUGCACGCUUGCCAACACCCACGCCGUUUACCCUCUAAACGUAUAGAAAAUCCACAAAAUAUAGAGAUGACGCUGAAGAUGAGGGAAGCCAUUAGUGGUCGCAUCAAAUUUGUACCAUCCUCACCGAAGACCAGUCCAAAGGUGAAGCAGGCAGACAGUCCAAAGAUUAGUCGGCGACAGUGGAAUGAGGAGGAGUCCAUGCCCAAACGGCCCCAAACCCCCACACUGAGGACGCCGAAGAAGAAGUCAGCAGUGGCCAAAAAUCGGCGGACCCAUUCUGCGGAUUCGCUUCGUAGUAAAGCUGAGGACCCCACACUGCUGGAGCUGGAGAGGACUCAGAAGGACCUGACUCAGAGACUUGACCGGAUGAGUAAGGCUGAGGGGAACCUCAGAAACACUGCUGCUAAACAAGGAAAGGGGAAGACCCAGCCAAGCUCACCGUCAGCACCUGUCCGUUUACGCCCUUUGCAGAAGACCCCACAGAGUCCGUCAAAAUCCCCUAAAAAAACAGGCCAUGGAAACAGUUCAACUAAAGAAAGGGUGAUGAAAAAGGACCAUGGAAACUGUUCAACUGAAGACAGGGAAAUGGAAAAAGACCACGGGGACAGUUCAACUCAGGAAACAGAGAAACAAGUGGAGAUACAAAAGGAAUCAGAUGUCUGUCUGGAUAGAUAUAAUGAAACAGAAGACAAGGCCCUCCCAAAGCCACCUCCUUCAAGCCCAACACCACAGAAGCCCACAGGGCUGUACAGGGGCAGAAAUUCUGUGAAAAGAUUAAUAGACACAUUCAGCCAUGGAGUUGAGGAGAUUAAAGAUACACCAGAAAAUGUCAAAAUCCUCGGCCCUCUGAAGGGCGUGAUGAAGUGUGGCAUUCCCAUCAUACCCGGAUUAGGGGGCACAGCCACAAUGCUCACGAUCGGGAAUGAUAACUUCCGAGUGGACUCGAGAGCCUCUGACAGAGCGGACGAUGUUGACCUUGAUGACCUCCCUCCCCCUCCCCCCGAGGUACUGAUGGACAACUCUUUUGAAAACGUCCAGAAAUCAGAACCCGAGGAAGGAGGGGCCGGCAGAGGUCAUUCUCCUCUCCUCCGUAGAAGUAUGUCCCAGAAGCUGCGUGCGUCCAUGCAGCUAGUGACCGUGCUGCCCAGUAGAGGUGGCGUGCGCCCCGGCUCUCUCGGCACGCCGCAGGACACGAGCUCAGCAUCUGCAGCACCUCAGCAGGAGCCUCAGCAGAGAGACAGUCACACUUGUGACGUAGUGCCUUCAACGUCCGCAAGUCACAGCCAGUCAGCCGCAACGUCGACGUCCAAAACGCGAAUAUUGCCCACCACUCCUGUAACGUCCGGCCUUCAACGGAGACUCCCCAGCCCCCCCGUCUUUAAAAGGCAACCCACCCCUCCAUCUUCUGCUAGCCCUCCUGUCACACGCAAACUCCCCCAAACGCCACCGUCAGUGAGCCAAAGGAGGCAUCCCAGCCCCAGUGCCCCGAGGCAAGAUGGCACAGUGACAUCUACCUCCAUAUAUCCUCUCAAGGCCCCGUCCCCACCAGCAUCCCCGAAAGUGCAGCGAUGGUUACGGGAGAACAGCAGUGCUAUUAGACAAGAUGGCAGCCCUGUGUCCACCUCCGUGUACCCCGUCAAGGCUCCGUCUCCGCCAGCUUCCCCAAAGGUGCAGCGGUGGUCGCGGGAGAACAGCAGCGAAGACUCGUCCUCGUCGCGCAUAUUCAGCAACGCCCGGUCAGUGUUCUGUCCAGCUUCGCCCUCUCUGUUUGAGGCGAAGCCAUGCCCGUUACCCCGACCCCCGCAAGCAUGGACUUCCACAAGAGAGGCUGCUAUAUCUUCUCUUUGGGGGGAGCGAGGGAGGCACCCUGUGCCCGCAAAUGGACCAAAGCCUUUCGUCAGACGAAGCCAGUCGGACCGCAGGCCCAGUCUGAAUCAUCCACCCAGAGGACAAGCGGUCUCCUAUGCGGAGAGCUGCGGGAGUGAGCCAAGCAUUGCCAGCCAGGGGCUGGAAGAUGGACCAAUCAAAGACUCUGACAGAUGGGACCACCACUCGGACUUCGGCGGGGCGACCCGGUCCUCCUCCCAUCCAGAUCUGUGCAUCAUAGGGCAGUCCCUGCACCAGCACCGCGACUGA